AUGACCACACAAACUCCACUAGAGAAUGACCAGUUUGUUCCAGAGUCCGUCGUGCAGCAUUCCAUGCUUCAGCAAGCACACGCUGCGGCCGCCGCUGCAAGCCAGACUGAAACUGCAGGACCAACGAGACAAGAGGUUCUUUUACAGCAGACCGACCUCCUCACUGCCGAUGUGAGCGAUGAUGAAGUUCCACCACCUCCGUACGGCGACAUCUAUGGCGAAAUUCGGAAUGAAAAAGAUGGUUUAGGCACCAGCGCAUCUGUGACCGACGACGGUCGUGUCAAUAUCCGCAUCAAUCAGCUCAACCGUCGUUUAUCCCAGGUCUUUACUCCUGCUUUACGUGACCACCUCAAAAGUGUCCAAGACAGCAGUCCGGCUCCUCCCACAUAUAUACCGCCCUCAUUAGGAGGCGAGGAAGGGGCUCCUCCACCCCCGCCCUUGAACGUUGUUAUUCAGGUCGUCGGCUCGCGCGGAGACGUGCAACCCUUCGUCGCGCUGGGGAAGGUCUUGAAAGAGACCUACGGCCAUCGUGUACGUUUAGCGACUCACCCAAAUUUCAAGGAGUUUGUCCAAGAGAAUGGCCUGGAGUUCUUCAGUAUUGGCGGGGAUCCUUCCCAGCUAAUGGCAUUCAUGGUCAAGAAUCCUGGAUUGAUGCCUGGUUUUCGUAGUCUAGCAAGCGGAGAUGUUGGUCGGCGAAGAAGAGAUGUUGCCGAAUACAUUCAAGGCUGCUGGCGAUCGUGUUACGAAACAGGUGACGGCAUCACCAACGACAACGCUUCAGAUCAAUCCGUGAACGACCCUGGUCCAGAAGCCGCAUCAAGAUCUUUCCCCUUUGUUGCAGAUUGUAUCAUUGCGAAUCCGCCGAGCUUUGCACAUGUUCAUUGCGCAGAGAAAUUGGGGAUACCGCUUCAUAUCAUGUUCACUAUGCCAUACUCUCCCACCCAGGCGUUCCCUCAUCCUUUGACCAACAUCCAGUCUUCCAAUGCAGAUCCUCAACUUACGAAUUAUAUAAGUUAUGUCAUGAUUGAAGCCCUCACGUGGCAGGGCUUGGGCGACAUCAUUAACCGAUUCAGAGCCAAAUGUCUCGGUUUAGAUCCCGUAAGUAUGAUCUGGGCUCCUGGAAUGCUUCAACGUCUCAAAAUCCCUCACACGUACUGCUGGUCUCCAGCACUGAUUUCGAAACCAAAAGACUGGGGUCCGCACAUUUCCAUCUCCGGGUUCUAUUUCCUCAAUCUAGCCUCCGGCUACACCCCUGCUUCUGAUCUCCAGGCUUUUCUUGACGCUGGACCACCUCCUAUCUACAUAGGAUUUGGGAGCAUCGUUCUAGACGAUCCAAACGCCAUGACAGAACUCAUUUUUGAAGCAGCAAAGAAGAUUGCGGGUGGUCAGCGCGUCCUACUUUCCAAAGGGUGGGGAGGUAUGGGUGCAGACGAGCUUCAUGUACCUGAAAACGUCUUCAUGUUAGGUCGGCCAACGUUGGUCAUUCCUUUCUUCGGGGACCAACCUUUCUGGGGCGCUAUGAUUGCACGAGCUGGUGCUGGCCCUGAUCCGAUCCCAUACAAGCAACUCACGUCAGACAACCUAGCAGACGCUAUCAAUUUCUGCUUGAAGGCCGAAAGCCUGAGUCGCGCUGAAGAGCUGGCAAGCAAGAUUGCAGCGGAGCGAGGCAGCGAUAUGGGUGCUCAGUCAUUUCAUCAGUAUCUCGAAGUUGACCGACUGCGCUGCACACUUGCACCAUCCCGGGUAGCUUCGUGGCGCCUCAAACGCACGCAACUCAAGCUGAGCGCUUUUGCUGCCUGCACUUUAGCAAACGCAAAUCUCCUGGAUUUUCACGACUUGAAACUCUUUAGACCACAGGAGUACUGCACAGAUGAAGGGCCCUGGGAUCCCGUAUCUGGAUUCUUCACAGCCACUUGUAGGGCAUUUGGCAGCAUGUCUAUGGGAGUAGCUGAUCUCCCUUCGGAGACGUUCAAAGCCGUACAAGCUCCUUUCAAGUACAACCGAUCACAAUCUCAGGUAUCAGUACAGACUGUCGCAAAGAGAAGCGAGACAUCGCUUUUAGGGGAGAGUUCAGCUGCGUCAGCUAUGCAGAAACCUCUUACUCGCGCUCAUACUGUUCCCAAUCCCCCUAGUACAGCACCUCGCACUCCAAGUAUAGGAUCAAGCUCCAUGUCGGUAUGCAAAGAUCGCGAUAUGAUGCGCCCUACUGGCCUGCGUACAAGUAGAGGUUUUGGGCGCAUUGUCAAGGAGGGUAUACAAUCGCCUAUGAAUAUGUCAGUGGGUAUCACUAGGGGCUUUCACAAUGCCCCCAAGCUCUGGGGCGACGACACUGUACGCCCUCAAGAAAAGGUCAGCGAUCUCAAGUCAGGCAUGAAAGCGGUAGGAAGAGAGUUUGGGUUUGGCUGGUAUGACGGCGUUACUGGUCUAGUUACCCAACCCUGGAAAGGUGCUCAAAAGGAAGGUACCAGCGGCUUUUUCAAGGGAAUUGGCAAAGGCAUUGGAGGUUUUAUUACCAAACCAGGUGCUGCCCUCUUUGGCAUCCCUAGUCAUAUGAUGAAGGGAGUGCACAAGGAGGUACAAAAGCUAUUUGGUAACAACGUGCAAACCUACGUUGUCACAUCUAGGACAGCUCAAGGAUAUCAAGAGUGGUUACAGAGCUCCGAUGCAGAAAAAGAAGACGUUAUCAACCGCUGGAAGAUGAUCCAGAAGUAUUUGAAGAAGAAGCACAGCGCGGACGAGAUGGUACAAGACAUAUUGGAUGCACAGCGGAAAGGAAAGACGGAUGAUGGUGAGACCUACCGGGAUUCUGUAGCUGCUACAUGUUCAGCUCAAUCCACAGAUAGUCUUGUCCAAACUGUCGGAAACGAUAUGCUUACCACAAGAAACUCGCAGUACCCGUUACAUACCACUGAUAGCAACGAAUUGCUAGGAGCGGCUGAUAUCAGUGGCACUGUCCGCCGAUCCUUCCAAGAAACGUCACGUGGAAAUCCGGAAGAUCGUUCCAGUAUGAAUGCGACGCAAGACAGCAUAUCUCCACUUGAAUCCGAACGACAAGGAGAUAUGGAUCAUGAAGCAGAUCAGGAUUUACUCAAGGCAAUGGCGUCUAGCGAAGCUGAAGCCCAACGACACGCAAGAGAAGCUUGGGAAUAUGAGGAACAGCUGAAGCAGGUUAUGGCCCAAAGUUUGAAGGAGCAUGGACGGAUGGGUAACGAAAGUAACCAGGAGGAACUCAACAAUGAGCGGACAAGAGGGAUGACACAACAAACAGCAAGGAAGGCGGUACCUAUAACUAAUGGGUCAUCGAGUGCCCAACCACCUCCUUCAUAUGACCACGGCCACCUUGCGGGUACUACGCAGGACGAGUUUCAGGCACAACACCUAGGGGAGAAAACAGCGCAAGAGAAAACGGAAGAAGAGAUUGUAAUGGAGUAUGUUAAGAAGCAGAGUCUUUUGGAAGCUCAUCAUCAAAACAAAGGCAAAGGCCGCGCCACAGCAACAGAGGACGACGAGGAAGAGUUGCAAAAAGCGUUAAGCUUGAGCAUUCAAGAACGUUAA